GACCAAAAAAAAAGGGGUUAAGUUAGGUAGUAACAAAAAAAAAUUAAAAAAAAAUGUUAUCUUCUUCUUCAUCAUCAUCAACAAAUCCAUCUCUCCGGGUAAAAAUUCCGGUGACCGGAGAAGGAAAAUUGACGAUACAUGUGAAAUCUCCGACGUCGGAGAUGUAUACAGAGGUUAAAGAAGCAGAUAAAGUGAAAGAUUUGGAGAAAUUGAUUAAAAAAACAUGGGGAGAUAAUGAUAAUUAUAUAUCACUUUAUUAUAAAUCAAUUAAAAUGAAAAGUGAUCAUUUAUUAUCUUUUUAUAAUUUGAGAGAUGGCUCUAUUAUUACUGUAUCUCUUCUUGCUGAACCUCCUCCUCAUCAUCAUCGUCUUCAUCAUCAAUCGAAAUCUUCAUGUGAAACCAAAAAAAAUGCCAAAUUUCAAGAGGAAACAAGCAGCAGCUCCAAUGGUGAAAUUAAUGGUUGUGAAAGCUUUUUAUUUCAUAUGGCAAAGAUGUCAUCUCAAUUUUGCUCUUCCAUAUUUUCAACCCAUUAAUUUAUGGAUCGGGGAGAAGCGGAAGGAGUUAGAAGUAUGAA